GGCGGAAUGGCGGAGCCGCGGCCGCCGGGACCGCAGGGGGACGGCCGGGAUUCGCCCGCCGCGGGUGCUGCUGCUGCUGCCGCCGCUGCCGGCCCGCGGGAGCGUCCCGAGCAGGCCGAGGAUCGGCAACGGGAAGAUGCCGAGAGUGACUGGAGUGCUGACUCCUGGAGUGACUAUGGCAGUCGUGACAAACCAGGGACUACUUUGGGCAGGACUGUGCCAGACGGGAACGUGCUUUUCCCGGAUAUUUUUCACACCAAUCAUCUUUUGUUUUACGAGCGAUUCAGCGCCUACCAGGAUUACAUCUUGGCUGACUGCAAAGCCUCUGAGGUGAAGCGGUUCAUAGCUGAGUACCUGGAGAAGGUCCUGGAGCCCUCUGGCUGGCAGGCCAUCUGGCGCACUAACGUGUUUGAGGUCCUCGUUGGGGUGGUUGACGUGAAUUUCCCGGCCCUGAAGGCGGUUGUGCAGCUCAGUGAGCCGUUCCUGUGCGAGUCCCAGGACAGCAGCUUUACCCUGGAGUGCAUGCAGGAGCUCCUGGAGCUGAAGGAACAUCAGGUCCUGCUGCAGGAGCUCUGGGUUGUGUAUGAUGAGUCAGGAGAGUUUGACCAGACAGCACUAGCCAUAGAGCAUGUCAGGUUCUUCUACCGUUGCAUCUGGAGGACCUGGGACGAGGAGGAGGAGGAUGAGUUUGAUUACUUUGUGCGAUGUGUUGAGCCCCGACUGAGACUGCACUAUGACAUCCUGGAACACCGGGUGCCUUCUGGGCUGGUAGCUGAUUACCAGAACUUGUUAUCUCAAUGUGAAGAGCUCUAUGAGAAGUUUUUAAAUGUGAGGAACAGCAUAUCAAGCAAUGAUUCGGACUCAGAAGCAGAAAAUGUUUCCAUGGUGGAAGGACUAAAAUUGUAUGACCAAGUGGAGCACUUAAAACAAAGGCUAAAACUAAUUGAGAAUCCUCUGCUGAGGUAUGUGUUUGGUUACCAAAAAUAUGGCAGCCUCCAGGCUAAAGGACUGAGAUCAACGGGUGCCAAGGUCAUUCAUGUUGUGCCCUGGACCAUGAAAGCAAAUCUGCUCCAGCUGUUGACAAGAGACAAACUUUGCCCAGAAUCUUGUGGAGCCUUAGAAAUACAGUUUCACCGUGAUCCACUAUCAGCUGUAAAUGCCUGUUAUGAAGGAGACAGGGUCAUCAUCUGUCCUGGCCAUUAUUUUGUGGAUGGCAUGUUCUCCAUUGCUGAUUCAAUAGAGCUAGAAGGCUAUGGCCUGCCAGAUGAUGUCGUGAUAGAAAAACAAGGGAAAGGAGACAACUUCUUUGACUGUACAGGAGCCAAUAUAAAGAUCUCCAAUUUGAAGUUAGUGCAGCAUGAUGCUGUGGAGGGGAUUUUAAAUGUCCAUCAUGGGAAAACCACACUGGAGAAUUGUGUGUUACAGUGUGAAACCACUGGAAUAACAGUGAGGACAUCAGCUGAGCUACUGAUGAGAAACUCAGAUCUCUAUGGGGCAAAGGGUGCUGGUGUGGAGAUCUAUCCAGGAAGUGCGUGCACCCUGCUGCACAAUGGGAUCCACCACUGCAAGGAGGGAAUUCUGGUCAAGAACUUCUUAGAUGAAGAUUAUGAGGUUCCCAGGAUAACCAUGGUUAAUAAUAUGAUCCACAAUAACGAAGGAUAUGGUGUGGUCCUGGUUAGACCAGCGAUGCCCUCUGAAAUGAAGGAUGCUUCAGCACAGGGAACAAAAGGUACUUUUCUUUGCUUAGAAGAAACUCACAAAACUACUAAGUCAGCAGGUGAUAAGACAGCCUGUGCAGAGGACUCCAGGCAAGAACAACCUGGAUGUGUAACUGAUGAGUUGGAGCUUUAUAAACGAGCUGAGACUUCUGAACAAACUGAAAACAACUCUGAAAUUGCAAAUGUACUUGGGGCUACUUCUGCAAAGAAGAAACAGAUACAGAGGAAAAGACUGAGUGAACUGGGAUUUACAGAAGCUGAUGACAACUUGAUGUCACAGGAAAUGUUUGUUUCUGUUGAUGGCAAUCAGUUCAAAUGGAAUGGGAAAGGAAGUUUUGGUAUCUUUUUUUUCUGA